AAGGACUGGGCUAAGACUGGUGGACAUGAGGGAUUUCAAUGGUCCUCUGCCAUAGUGACAAAACAACUAAACAUUUUGACCUGCAGUUAAACAAUGACAAAAGGACUUUUCAUUUUGGGGGCACUGACUGUUUGUAUGAGAAAAGGAAUUCGUUGUGACUGAUGAGUUGUCUGUUUUGGGAGAGAUAUGACCUUUUGCAGGUGUGCCAUAGUGUUUUGCUAAACCAUCUAGGUUAUUUUGGCAAAUAUAUUUAAAGCUUUGAGAAUGUCGUUUUUUCGAGAGAUAGAUGAGCCACAGCAAUCGAGAAGGAAGUUUUCAAUUGGGGGCACUGACUAUCUUUAUGAGAAAAUGAUUUGGUUUUGAAGCUUGAGUUAACUGUUUUGGGUGAGAUAUGACCUUUUGAAGGUGAUCUAUGUAGUUGUGCUGAACCAUAUAAGCUAUUUUACCAAAUGCAUUAAGAGCUUUGAGAAUGUAAUUUCUGUUUCAAGAAUUGAGCCAAAGCAAUGGAGAAAAACUGUAAAGUAAGACACGCAAUCGCGGUGUACGCUUGGUCGGCUGUUUGAAACCCCCCAUGCGGGCGGCUGAAUGGUUCAGUCCGACUGGGACUGACGAUUCCCCCCUUUUCUAAAGGCGAUGGUGUUAUUUACAAGUCAUAUUUCUAUCGCGUAUUUAACCGCCAGAUAUGUACACGUUAUUACAUAGAAAUUAAAUUACAUAAAAAGAGCGCAGUGUGGAUUCAUAAUUAGAUUUUAUUAAUUAGAUAGUGGGUCUAUCUCUAUUUAGGACACCCCUGUCAUUCCCGGGUAACGUUCUCUGUUCCUUGCACUUCCUUGUUCAAAAGUUUUAUUUUGACGAAGGCUUGGUGAAAAGUUGGGCACAAGGGUUUAAUAUCUCGACGUUGUUAUCGUCAGAUAGGAGGUGUAUGGUUCAUAUGUAUCGUUCAUUUUGGCAUAACCAGCGUGUAGCUACCCCUGUUUCCCCCAUGGCUGCACUCAUCAGAAGCAGGCUAACGUUGCACUGAGCUGCUCCGUGAAGAAGAUGUCCACAGCUAAUGUUAGCGAAGACAUCCGAGUGAAGUUCCCCCUUCACUCCGCAGUGUGGGAGAACGACUACAGGAGAUUGGAAGAACAAAUAACGUUACCACAGAAUGAAAUCGAGGCUGUGGACCCCAGAGGUCGGACCCCUCUGCACCUGGCUGUGUCGCUCGGGCACCUGGAGUCGGUCAGAGUGCUUCUGAGACACGGUGCUGAAGUUACUAAAGAAAACUGCAUGAACUGGACAGUGCUGCAGGAGGCAGUCAGCACUGGGGAUCCAGAGAUGGUUCAGUUGGUGCUUCAACGCAGAGACUACCUCAAAGCCUCCACUGCUCUGGGGGGAGUGCCGGAGCUGCUGGCAAAAAUCCGAGAGUCUCCGGACUUCUACAUGGAAAUGAAGUGGGAAUUCACCAGUUGGAUCCCUCUUCUGUCCCGGGUUUGUCCAAGUGAUGUUUGCCGCAUUUGGAAAAGUGGCGCCAGCCUUCGAGUUGAUGCCACUCUUCUUGGCUUUGAAAACAUGACUUGGAUCAGAGGGCGCAGAAGCUACAUCUUCAGAGGAGAGGAUUCGUGUGCAGAGUUAAUGGAGGUGAACCAUGACGAUGAAGUAGUGGAAACCGAACGCUACAACAUAUCUCAAGAGAUUGAGGGUGUCACUCUAGAGUCGAUGCAGCCAGCUGAGCAGGAAGUUGCCAAAAGGUUGACCACUGCUAUUGUCAACACCUACUUGGACACCAAGGACAUUGCUUUUGAAAGGAACAAGUCUGGGAUUUGGGGCUGGAGAGCUGACAAAACUGAAAUGGUCAAUGGAUUUGAAGCAAAGGUUUUCAGUGUGAACAAUGUGAAUGUGGUAAUCAGGACGAGAACAGAGCAUCUUACUGACGAGGAGAAAGCCAGGAUAAAAAGUGAAAGGAACGUGUUGGAGUCUCUGCUUGGGACGGUGGAGCAGCACAUCAGUGCACAAGGGGACAUGACUCUUGAGUACGCAACCGCCACCAAUCCCACCGCCAUCACUCCGGAGGAAUACUUUGACCCGGACUUUGAACUGGGCAACAGGGACAUCGGUCGACCCAUUGAGCUGAGCAUUCGAACACAGAAGUUCAAAGGUACAUUGUGGAUGAGCGAGGAUCAUCCUCUGUCCCUGGUGGAGCAAGUAACCCCCAUCAUCGACCUCAUGGCUCGGACCAGUUCCCAUUUUGCACGUCUACGGGACUUUGUAACCCUCAAAUUUCCUCCUGGAUUUCCUGUUAAGCUAGAGAUUCCCCUGUUCCAUGUACUGAAUGCCAGAAUUACAUUUGGUAGUGUCAAUAAAUGCAGUACUGAGGAGGAGGCAAACACAACACCAGCAGGCACACCAACAUCUCCGGGAGAAGAGGAAGAAGCUGCAGCGCUGCCUCUGUUUCAGGUUUGUCCUUCAGUGUUUGAGGUUCCUGUCCAUUAUCAUCGCAGAGGAGGCAGUCGACAUGCACACGUGUCCAACGACGAGGACCUUCUGCAGUACGCCAUCCAUCAGAGCCUCUUGGAGUCUAACACCGCACCGCGCCAGGAGGGGAUUUCAGAUGAUGGUGAUGGGGAAUUCACUGAUGUAAUGCCCAGUAGCCAGAGUGACAGGAGUAUCCCAGAGGGGGUGCUAGUGGAAUAUGAAGACAGCCCCAGCCCUGUCAGCUCCCUCUCUGCCUCAAGCCCCGACUCGGAGCUACGCCUGGCCAUGGAGCUCUCCGCGCGAGCGCAACAGGAAGAGGACAGGAUGAGGAAGCAGGAGGAAGAAGAGCUGGAGAGGAUCUUGCAGCUAUCACUUACCGAAAAGUAAAAUUAACAAGAGGGAAUAAUAAUGAUGAUAAUAAUAAUGCAGCUUUUCCAGAUCCAGAAGAAACAUCCACACCUCAAUCUUUCUUCCUAAUCAUUGUCGUCAUCUAUGCAACUGCAGGUUUCUUUCUGUAGCAGAUCAUUCUUGCUCGCUAUCCAAUAUUUUCCAAACGGUACUUUUGGUAAGAGUAGACUCCUUUAUACAUUUAUAUAUCAGCAUAAUGUGUCGCCAUCCUCAAGCUCAAUCCAUGGACUGUUUUAGAUAAUUUCAGGUCCUUUCUAAAUUUUUUUAUUUUCCUACUCAAAUCUGAAUCACAGCAGCAUCCCGUGUGUGUUUAUCAGUGUUGUCCAGCGUGGGGCCAAAUCAGUGUAAAUAUGGUUCUAUGAAAAAAAUGACAACUGGAGUUGACUUCAAGUUCUGACACUCAAAUGUGGCUCUUUAUGUCCAGAGAACAUUUGUUGUUGCUUUGGUUUGUUUUUCCUGUCGCAUCAGCCCCUGAUGUUUAGAUGGCGAGAGUAAAACCGCCUAGCAGGAAAAGUAGCCGGUGGAUCUAAAGGGACAGAUCAGAGUGUGUUCACCGGGAGGUCUUCCUACAGCGUCACUUUUUUGAGAACCAUGUGCUCAUUGAAUAAUGGAAAUCUCAGGGUUCCAAUUUUACACAUUUUACUUUGAAAUAAGUUUGUAAAUGUAGCAGAAAUGUUUCUCUGGUGUCAAAUGGUAUCCCUCAUGCAUAUUAGUAUGAAUUCUGAAAGCUGAACUCCGCUGAGUUCAUUGAUUCAAAGGUGCAUAAGUUAAUGCAUUUUCUUGUACUUGGGGAAUGUACACUCUACAGAUGGAUAAACUGAGGCAUGCUGCUGUGAGGGAAACUUUAUGUCAGAUGUAUAGUAACGGUAUAUCUUUUGCAUCAAGGAUGAGGGGUUUCGCUUUUCAACGUGAUUUUGAUUGAACAUUUUCUCUCGAUUUCAUUGUGAAAAAUACCAUAUUUUUGUUAAGUGUAACUGAGCGACUGCACCGCAGUUAAGAAAUAAUGAAUAAUUGCAAAGGACAGUUUGUCUAUGGUUUGUAGCUGCCAUGCAUUUUAAAAGCGGUCACACAGUCAAUGCGCAGAGAUUACUCCAAUUUUUACAGACGAUCUAUUCAUUUUUUUGUAGCCACAAACAACUCUUGACCUCUGAGCAGAAGAAAAGACCGCACAGACACCAGGUCGGACAUGUCUGCCAUCUUUAGGAUUAGUUUCUUCAGCGUGUGCCAAGAGCGAGCUUCGAUCUGAAGACGCUCUGUGGCAGCAGGAGUAGAUGACGAUUUUAUGUAGUGCCACUAAACCUUUGAACAAAUUUUCCUUUUUUAAAAUUUUGUAACUUAAAAACCAGGUGACGGUGUUUCAAUGGCACCAGGGGGAUGCUGAGUGACAUGCACUGACCACUAUAGAUGCUUUCACUGACAACCAACCACUUCUCAAAGGUUUCUGUGUAGCUGCGUCUGACAGCUGAACGACUAACUGUUAAAAUGAAUUUCCAAACUGAUGAACCUUCAACUUUAAAAAGAACGCUAGCUUUGGUUAAUUUAACGCAGGUCUUUGUUGUAGCAAAGCUGAAAUGUUUUUUUUUCUUCUUUUAUCUAUGUUUAAAUUUUAAGAAAAUGUUCUAAAAUAAAAGCACUUUAUUUCCA